AUGCCCCGGUCUUUCCUUGUGAAAAAGAAAUGUGCUGCUUACCGAGCGUACCAGCCGAAGAGAUCAGAGCGGACUAAGUGGAGAGAGAAUGAUGUGGACGUGACUAACGAGAAGCAAACAUGGAGUGUUGAUACUCCAAAGUGUGCCACGUCUCAACUCCACAACUUUCCUGGUGCCGGCAGCUUUGUCUGUUCAGUGUGCCACAAGAUGUUCCCCCUGCAGCGCAUACUGAUUCGACAUAUGAAGUGCCACAGCUUGGUAAAGAGGCAUCGUUGUCAGUUUUGUGGCAAGGGAUUUAACGAUACUUUUGACCUCAAAAGGCAUAUGCGAACACACACGGGUAUACGACCCUACAAGUGUGAGCUUUGCGAGAAGGCCUUCACACAACGUUGCUCACUGGAGUCUCACCUGAGGAAGAUUCACAGCAUUCACCAACAAUACGCCUACCGCCAGAGGCGAUCCAAAAUCUUUGUGUGUGAAGAUUGCGGUUACACGGCAAGUUGCCCAAAUGAGUACUACAUGCAUUUGAGACUAAGCCAUCCCAGCAGCCCUGCUCUCCGCAGGUACUAUCGCCACAAGGCACAAAACAACAGCUAUUUUCUGUCUGAAAAUGCCAAAGCAAGCCCUUAUUUGAUGUAUUCAGCAUUUUUUUUGUAA